CUUGCUGUGGUUUCACGCUUUGCUUCAAUUUAUCCCGUACUCUUACCACAAGCUAUAAAUUCACACCACACAGCAAAUGUCGGAUCUUGAUGACCUGUUUGGUGGAGCAGCGCCAACAAAUGACAGCGAGCUCUUGGACAAGGUCGAGGAAGCUGAGGAGGAGGCGCCUGCCGAGGAGCUGUCAGCCGAAGCCUCGGCGCUACAGAAAAUGCCAAAAUUUAAGCGUGCAGUGGUACGAAGCAGCCCUACCACUGAGGCCCACCCGGAGGAGGCCGAGAGUCCGAGCCAGCCAGAGCCAGAGAGCGCGCUAAUGGACGACGACGAAGAAAGCAGGCCGUCAGAACCCAUUAACCCUAAGCAGGCUGAAAUCGACGAGCUGAACCGGCGGAUCGACGCGGCACUAAAGUCUGGCCGAGCGCGCAAGCGCAGAAAGGCUGACGAGGACGAUGUCGCAAUCGACGAGUCGAUCGCCAACCUGCGCAAGCGGAUGCGGGACGCGGCGUACCGCGACAUUGACGAUAAUAAAGACGGGCUGCCGGCAAUCCACAAGAUGGGGAUGCUGACCGACGUCACUGACGAACUGCGCAAGACGCACCUGUACGAGGCGUUUUUGGAAAACAACAUCGUGGACUCGCUGCGGUUGUGGCUCGAGCCCUUGGACGACGGCAGUCUGCCGGCACUCGAUAUCCAGAACGCACUGCUGGAUAUCCUCGGAAAGCUGCCAAUUCGGCGCGACCAUCUGCGCGAGUCGGGCAUUGGAAAGAUCAUCAUGUUUAUGAGCAAGUGCCCGCGCAUUCCUGAGCGCAACCGCCGCGUGUGCGAGCAGUUCGUGCAGCGCUGGUCGCGUAUGGUGAUGAAGCUCAGCUCCAACUUCCGUGACCGCAAGAUCCGCGAGACCAAGGUCAACCUGGAUCGCCGCCACUUUGCUGGAAGGCCAAUGCAAGGCAACGAGGAAACUAGGCCGGCUCAGGGGAAGGAUGGUGAGCGGGCCACCGCGCGCAUCCCGCAGCGUGUAGCCGCGAACUACAACGUCAUGCCGGUGUCGUCGGUCAACGCUUCAAUGGAGCAGAUGCGUGGCGCCGGCCGUGAUGUAGACAAGUACAAGCGCCUGAAGCAAACCAUGUACAAGGGCGGGCGUAGGCAGUGAGCCGGUAUUCUACGAGCCGGAGUUUACAGGUCUGCAAUACUUCGAUUUCUCCGUCGACCUAUGACAGGGAUACAUAAGCUUACGAGUUGAACAUAAAAAGACAAGGUUAAAAACACAAUUUAAUACA